AUGGCUGCCAUCGCCACGGAUGGUAGUGGGAUCCAGCAUCGUCAGAAAGGAUUGAUGACGCCAUCCUACCGUCUUUCAUCGCCCUUUAUGAACCGUAAAAUAACAUUUUCAGAGUUGGAUUUUCUUCUACGACACAUGUCUACGAAUUCAACCAAAUCGAGGAAUCGUAAACCAGGAAAAUCGUUUUCUGGUGGUUCAGUGACAGAUGACCAAUGGCGGUUCUAUCCCAUUUCUCCAACACUCGUUGAUGUGCUUCCAUCUAGCGAUGGAAAAUUCAAAAAAAGUUCGACUAAAUCUCGAAGCAUUUCUAGGAUUAAUCCUCGAUUCGUCAAAUUUAAAAUAGUUGACAUCGAAAGCCUUGCACGUUUGAAGCACUCACAAACAAAUCGAACCCACCACAAACGAAAAGAAACGGCCAAUGGAAAAAGAACACGCCCACCGACUGACGAUGAACUAAUAGACGAUAAACACUCAUUAAACAAUACGUACGAUCCAUUUGGAAAUGCAUCUGGUAUUGACCAGACUAGCAGGUCGGGUCCUUAUUGGUUCGGUAUCCGAAGGUUAAUUGGAUCGAAAAUAGGAAUAGGAAGGAUUUUUGGAUACACGAGUUACCCCACCUUUGUCGCUGGACCGCCAGGUCCACCUGGACCGCCUGGACCCCCUGGUCCAACAGGAGUAGGAAUACCUGGUAUACCAGGUGUACCAGGGGUGCCCGGUGCAGCAGGGGCAGCAGGCGCAGCUGGAGCUGCUGGACCCACGGGUGCAACUGGUCCGGCCGGUACAUCAGGAGCAGCUGGUCCAACCGGAGCCAAUGGCCCACCUGGAGCACCGGGUCCAACUGGUGCAACUGGUCCGUCUGGUACUUCUGGUGCUACUGGUCCUCCUGGUCCGUCUGGUUCAGUGGGUGCAACUGGAGCAACAGGCCCAACUGGUCCGACGGGCUCAACAGGUCCUUCUGGUUCUACCGGUCCUCCUGGUUCAUCGGGAGCCAUUGGCGCCCCUGGUGCGUCAGGUGCAGCCGGGGCAUCCGGCCCUCCCGGUGCAACUGGUCCAGCAGGUUCAUCUGGUGCAACAGGCCCAACUGGCCCAUCAGGUUCGGCUGGCCCAACAGGCCCACCCGGUCAAGUUGGUGCAGCUGGAGCUCCAGGAGCUGCUGGGGCAGCCGGUGCAUCCGGUCCCCCGGGUCCACCAGGUCCUACAGGCGCUGCUGGAGCAGCCGGUGCAGCUGGAUCGGCAGGCGCAAGUGGUGCGGCUGGUGCAAUAGGUCCAUCCGGCCCCCCUGGAUCAGCAGGUACACCUGGUCAAGUUGGUGCAGCUGGAGCACCAGGAGCGGCUGGAACAGCCGGUGCAUCAGGUCCACCGGGUCCUCCGGGUUCUCCAGGCACUGCAGGAGCAGCCGGUGCAGCUGGAACGGCAGGCGCAAGUGGUGCGACUGGUGCAACAGGUCCACCCGGUCCUCCUGGACCAGCAGGUGCACCAGGAACACCUGGAGUAUUUGCCGAUUUCGUGACAGAUUCGCUACUUAAGUUUUCGCACGGGCAAAAGAAGAAAGAUGCAGCUAAACCGGGACAACUGGGACCAAAGGCGGGGACGGUUGAAUCGGCUCAACCGUCCGUCAAUGUUCAGCCAGAACCACAAACGACCCAACAUGAAGAGAAAGAAAAGGAACAACAUUUCACUGGAGGAGAACAGUCGGCGGAUGAGAUGGUGCAAGACGAACAUUUAGAAGUCGAGCACCAGGUGGAAGCCGUGAUGUCGGUGCAACCGGAAGAAAAAACAGAGUCGUUUCAAUGGAUACUGGAACACGACAAGAAUCCAAUUAAACUGGUUCUUUCGCUGCACAAAGACAGGCCAACGCAUUCAGAGAAUGCAACGCAACAGUUUGGGUUGAUGCAAUCGGGAGAACAUUCAAGUUCAGUUAAAUUAGACAAAGAUGUGAAGCAAAACGUAACGCCAGUUGAACGGCCACAGCACGUGGAGAAGUCGGGUGGAUUGGUAGUUCAAAAGCCCGGACCAGCUGAGUCAGAGCAAAAAUUAGAGGAAAUAGGAAAUGUACGGCCAAAACCAAUGGAGUUGAUCCAGCUGAGAGAGAAAGUGCAAUCGUACGAUAUCCUACAGCCAGAGCAUAUAUUGGAAUUGAUUGAAUGGAUGCAGCGACAACACGGUUCAGAACCAGAUGAACCAACGAUCAAACACGAAAAGGCCACGCCCGUUGAACCAAUGCUGAUGAAGAAGGAUUCAAACGAUUCCGUGCAAAUGAGAGAAAUAGAGCCAACAUCGGAACGGAUGAAACACGAAGAGAAGUCCAAUGGAUCUGCAGCACUGGCACACAAUUCCGCCUUGCAACCAAAUUUCAUAGCCGUUCAAUUAGCACAAGCCGAACAAGACAAAUCAGAUCGCAUGCAACCGAAUCAAACGUUUCAAGGAAUCAAACAGCAGCAGCAGAAGUUUGUUGAGAUUCUUAAUCCAGGAAAGCCAGAAGUGCUAGAUGAAUCAGGACCGUUGGUGCAAAUUAUGGAACAAUUGGGAUCAUUUCAAGCAGAAGGAAAUGCUAACGCAAUUCAACCGAUGUUGGGGCAUGGUGAGUCAUCGAAACCAGACCAACAAGAACAAUGGGGUAAUCAGGUCGAGUCAUUUGAAUCGAUUCAAGUGGAUCAAAAAUUAACAACAAUCGAAAAUGUCAAUCAACCGGACGAGAACAAGUUGCCUAUUGGAUUGACAUGGCCGAGAAAUGAUGAAUUUGAACCACGACAGCCGGAAACUAGUACGGAAUUCACCGUUGUAGAGCAACCAGUUGAACAGACGACACAAUCAGAGAAGAAGGUCGACGUUCUUGAAGUAAAGCAGCCAGAGAAGAAUUCAACUUUAAUUGAACAGGAGUUACGGGUGAUGCCAAUGCCAUUUAAGGAGCCAUUCGAGACUCACGACCAGGAUGCAGAAAAGCAAUUUACAGCAUCGCCUGAAUUCUUAUUCCCUGACGAAAAUGCAAAACAGUUUGAAUCGAUGCCACAGAAGCCAAUAGAAUCACAGCAGUCGGAACAGAAAGUGGAAACACCUGACCAGACUAAAUCUGAAUGGUUGCAGUCAGAGGAAAAUGGCGACCAAACAACACCUCCAAUGUCAAAGGAGAACGAACGGGUCUUUUCCCCAGACGUGAGUCACAAGCUGAAAGUUGCACAAGAAGAUGAGAAACAUUCGGAAAUUGUCCAGUCGGAUCUUAAAGAGAUGGUACCCCAGCCAACACUGCUGGAACAAGGCACGGAGCUAAUCGACCGUACUAAAGUGGAAGCAAAAGAGCAAACAUCCGAAAGUCUAGCACAAGCGCAGAACAAUGAAACAGUUGAAAUGAUUCAUUCAACGCAGAGGAUGGAAACCCCUGAAUUCAAUCAGUCCAGCCAUAGCGACACAUUAGCCAUCGUCCCAUUUGUUCGAAAAGAAAACCUGACCGAAUCGAUCCAGACGGCGCAGCAAAACGUAGAGCUGGAUGGAAACAUUGAAUCGUUACAGCCGGAGCAUUUUGAAAUUUCCGAAACCAAAAACGUGUCAACGCAGUUGUUAUUAGAAUCAGAGAGAAAGCCUUUAGGAUGGAUAGAAUCAGAGCAGAUGAAGAUGUCCGAUGAAAUUGUGCAUCGACCGGUACGAAACGAGACACCAGUUGAGUCGGACGAGCGAAAAGCUGUGCCACUUGAGUUGAUGCAAUCGCAAGAAAGGGAGCAUCAGGUGAAUUCGUCUGCACGCGGAUACAAGAAGAAACCCAGUGAAUCUGUCAAGCAGGAAGACCAACUUCAAACUGAGCACAUUUCGGUGAAUGGUGAUCAUUUAAAAACCGCAGAGGGAAUCGAGCAAAUGGGACACGAGCUAGAUGAAGAAAUUACCUGGAUAAUGCAAAUUUUGUCAGACGAUGAAUCAAAUCCAGUGGAACAGAAAACGGCCCACGUCGCAGAGCCCACCGACGUGCCCGCAAUCCAUCCAAUAGAGACUCGUGAUGAAGUUGUUAGUGAGGCCGAUGACGCAAAGAUCGAAUCGUCGGAUCUUCUGCGGCAAUUUUAUUCGUCAUACAUUCGUCCGAUCCGGAAGGUUGAACCAGCAGCUGAUCCGAUCACGACAGACGUUCGAUAAGCCUACGAAAAACGUGUGUAAAUUUCAGUAGAAUCAUACUGAGGAUUCUACUAUAUUUUUUCUCAAUUCUCAGUGUACAAAGGUGUCGUGCAUAAUAAAAAUUCAAAAUGA